AUGACUGAAAGUGGUAGCAAAAAUGGCUGGCGAAACUGGCACUAUAUCGGUGUCUUCCGCAGCUGCAAUGGUUAUGCUGGCUUUUUUGCCAUAUCAUUCUACAAUUUCGUCUACAUCAAUAUCAAGAUCUUCCUAACUUUCAAACACCGUCGAGGUCUCUACUUCUGGUCUCUGAUCGUCGCCUCAUGGGGUAUCCCUAUACAUGCUACUGGAUUUCUCCUCAAGUUCUUUACACUUGGAGGGCCGAAAAUGAUGGCUCUUGUCUUUAUUAUCGGCGGAUGGUAUUGCAUGGUCACAGGCCAAUCAAUGGUGCUGUACUCCCGACUGCAUCUUGUCGAACCAGAUAUCAAAACGUUUCGAUGGGUCCUCAUCAUGAUCAUAGUCGACUUCUUCCUAUUGCACAUUGGCAUGACCGUCGUCUUUUUUGGUGCCAAUUCUUCGCAUCCCGAGCUUUUCCUGAAGCCGUUUAGGAUAUACGAGAAGGUUCAGGUGACGGAAUUUGCGCUACAGGAGUGCAUUAUCUCUGGCCUAUACAUCUAUAAGUCGUGGGACAUGCUCAGACCCGUAGUCGACGACUGGAGUGGGAGGGCGCGCAGGAUCAUGAUCCACCUCAUUGCUGUUAACACCAUGAUUAUCAUCAUGGACAUAACAUUACUCGGAACCGAAUAUGCGGAUCAAUACCAGAUCCAGACGACCUAUAAGGGUGCGCUCUACAGUAUCAAGUUGGUCAUGGAGUUUAGCAUCUUAGAACAACUAUGUGCUUAUUUGAAAGGGAGGAACAAGACCCAAAUUGACUCAACUUCGACAAGAAAUCUUGGUGGCACCUUCGCCGCAGGUAACGAUCGUUACUGCACCACCUCUCUCCAGAGCUUCGGCUUGGGCAGUGACAAACAAGUUAGAGUCGUUGAACUGGAGAGAGCAGCGGCGCACAACAAGCUCAUGAAAAUACAUCGACCUCAAUGUGCUAAUAUGAUCCUUCCCGACCUUUUUUCCUUUGGCAGAAGUCUGUAUUGUUACGUUAACGUAACAGAAAUAUCAAUAACAGCCCCCAGUAACUGUACCCUGGAAAUGAGGAAAUCGCGGUGA